AUGUCGGAGCACACGGGACCCCGUGGAACGGCAGGACGGCGCCCAGCCACGAGGCGGACGGCGUCGUGCCGGGCCAGUUCCAGAGGCCGCACGCCCGGAAGCCGGCCAUACCCCAGCGGCGCGCGCUUCCUGAAGGAGCUGCACCUCAAGGCCAGCGCCUCCUUCGUCAGCGUGGCCGGGGGCACGGACGGCCAGGAGCGGACCAGGCUCAGCCUGCAGGCGGACGCCGAGGCCCAUGUCAGCGUCGACGCCCCUUUCGCGGCGGGGGCGUCGGACUACUACGACGAGGACCUGGGCUACCUCCACCUCGUGGUCCCCGGGCUCUACGGGAGGGUCGGCACGAGGUCCCCGGCUUUCGGCCCCGCCAGGGCGGCGAGGAGGGCGCCAGCGAUCGUGCGGCUCAGCUGCGGCAUGCUGGAGCUGCACAAGGUGGACGGCAGCCGGGGAGCCUCCCCGCGGGACCGGCCAUUCGGCGCGGGGGCGCCGUGGGUGACCCUGGACCUGGCGGACGCGCCCCUGCUGAGGGAGAGGCGCACCGAGGGCGGCAGCCGGUGCUUCAUGAUGCGCAGGGGCAAGGGCCUCCCGGGGAGCAUGCACGACAAGUUCUUCUGCGCGGCUGGCGUCCUGGGUACUCAGCUCGAGGCCGCCAUCGACCUGCAGGUGACCCGCCUGCAGGACGCAAGGCAGAGGACGGCGUCGCAGACUGCGGAGCGCUGGGAGCAGCAGGGCAUCUUUUCGUUCCCCGACGGCACCUGGUUCCGGAAGCAGCUGCUGUGGAACGCGUCCACUUGGUUUCCCGAGUUCGUCGCGAAGGCGGGGGACCCCGUGCUGUCCCCGGCGGAGCAGUGGCGGCGCGCCCUCCCGCAGCUCGCCGACGAGGGAACGCCCGUCUGA